CGUCAUCUAUCUGAGACAAAUUGUUUACAUCAUGGCGUCGGUGGAUUUCAGAGACAACCUGCUCGGGAUAUCCUGGGUUGACAGUGGCUGGGUACCUAGUCUUAAUCCUGGGAAUGUACUGGACUAUUUUUCUGAAAGAAGCAAUCCAUUCUAUGACCGAACCUGUAAUAAUGAGGUAGUGAAGAUGCAGCGGCUCACGCUGGAGCAUCUAAAUCAGAUGGUGGGAGUGGAGUAUAUUCUUCUGCAUGCUCAGGAGCCAAUUCUUUAUAUUAUUCGUAAACAACAGAGGCAAUCACCGACUCAAGUGAUUCCUUUGGCCGAUUACUACAUCAUAGCCGGAGUGGUGUAUCAGGCUCCAGACCUGGGAACAGUUAUCAGCUCCAGAGUGUUGUCUGCUGUCCAUGGAAUCCAAUCGGCUUUUGAUGAGUCCAUGUCGUAUUGCCGAUACCACCCAUCCAAAGGAUACUGGUGGCACUUUAAAGACCAAGAGGAGCGAGAAAAAGCCAAGCCGAAGUCAAAGAAAAAAGAGGAGCCUAGUUCACUGUUUCAGAGACAUCGUGUGGACACACUUCUUUUGGAUCUCAGGUCAAAAUUUCCACCAACAUUCUACCAGCCUAAGCCUGGUGAAAAGCCUAUUCCAGUUGAGGUGAAGAAGGAGCCUGAACCACCUGCAGAAACUGUGAAACAAGAGGAGAGGGAGCCAGCCACAAAGUCCUCUGCUCCAGCUCCGCCAAGCAAACCACCCCCUGAGAAGCGAGCGAGGCUUCAGUAACAGCCUUCCUCUCACUUUCUAGGAAGAUGCAGCAUAUGAGCAGUGAGAAGUCCCACAGCACUAACUCUACAAGUACUCUGAGAUGGGGAGUGUUUCUGUUCCUAAAUUACAAGAUCGUCUGCUGCACUGCCCAUUUAUCAGUUUACAUGAUGCUAAUAAUGAACUGGCACAAAAUGUGUCAGUUACUGGUCUCGGUGCCAGAACUACUUUUAUACUGUAACCUUAGUCUUGUUGGGCAUUUGGUAAGUUUGGCAUCAUGGACAUUAUAGCAGCUUUUUGAACAGGGGUUAACUGCCUGAUGUCAGCAGACAUUUUGCAGUAUGCACUAAGGAUGAGGCUGUUGGAUAUUAAGCUGACCUCAGCAUCAGUGUCAGUUUACUGUUGAGAUCAGCAUUACGUUUGGGUUGUAGUGACUUCAGAGGACACCUUAACUCCCAGCCUGCCUCACAAGGAUGUAUCAUAAUGCAUCAUCUGAAAAUGAAAAGCUUCUUGACUUGAGCAGAUCUCUUUAAUUACAAAGUAUUUCCACUGUUUCUGAAAGGAAUUCUCUGCUUUCAUGUUUUUUGUAUUAAAAUAUAUGAACACUUGUA